AUGAUGCGACCACUGCUUGCAGUUGUUUCAAGGUCGGCGCGUUUGGCGGCCCCGGGUGUUCACAACGUUCACCGUUUAGCCCGCUUACCGAUCAGUCCUCGUCCUGUGCAGGCCCUACGCGCCGUCACGUCUGUUGCCUCCUCUAUUGGCCACGGUGAUGCUUCCACUGUUGUUCCCGGCGACAAGCUAUCCGCCACUGCCACUGUCAAGGAGCUCAAGGCUGACGCUCCCGCCCCGUUCGACUUUCCCGCCGGCAGACAUAUCAUCGUGGGUGUCCCUGGUGCGUUCACCGGCACGUGCUCUGCCCAAAUCCCCGGCUACAUCAACGCGUUCGACACGUUCAAGACCCGCGGCAUCGAGCAGAUCGCUGUUGUUGCUGUCAACGACGUGUUUGUCCUAAAAGCAUGGAAGGAGUCGUUGGCACCGGAAGGAACGCCGAUACGUUUCAUCGCUGAUGACACUGGCGCCUUUUCCAAGUCGCUUGGCCUUCUCUUCGACGCAUCACCUCUCCUCGGCAGUGUUCGCGCAAAGCGCUUUGUUAUCAUUGCCAAGGGCGACACAGUCGAGACUGUUGCCGUCGAAAAUGUCCCUAGCGAGCUCACGGUUACCGACGCGAAGACCAUCCUUGCCCAGCUUGCUUGA